CAUACAUUACUCUUUUCUUCUCUUUUUUUUCGAUUAUCAAACUUAUAUUAAAUUGUUAUAUGUAACUUUCACUUCUAAUUUCCGAAACCGGAGUUUCGAAUCUAAGUUCGAAUACGCAUAGCAAUCUUUUGAAACAUAUUUUGGUCUUUUAAAAUUCAGGCAAUUAAUGUUGGUCUUUGUUUUUUUUUAUUGUAACUAUACAACAAAUUUUUUCUCUAAAUAUUUAGAGGCUCACAUAUAACUUGGCUUCAACAAAAUGUUCAUCGAACAAAUAAGUUUGGAACUCACCCAAAUGAAAUAUCAUAGGAAGAGGAAACCACAAUCUGAACCGUUAAGAUCGUCGCCUAGACUGUCCUUCUUCCACUUUGUUAAAUAUCAUAUUUUAUAUGCUGGUGGGGUAGUAUAAUAAUUGGACAUCUCUAUGAUAGCGUCUAUUUUACCCUUAUAAUAAAUAAAUAAAUAAAUAAUUCAGCAGUGAAGAAUUCGAAGAUCAGUGACUUUUUCUUCCCCAAUAAUGAUUAGCUGUUUUAAUAUAUGUUUGUAUUCAUAGUCCCUAUGUGCAUAUAUAUAUAUAUAUAUAUAUAUCUUUUUUUUUCCAUUCCUCUGCAAAUCAUCAUAAACUGUAAAGAAAUUCCGGAGUUGUGAGAAAGAAAAAAAAAGAUGAGUGGAGAAGAAAAGGUGGUGUGUGUAACAGGAGCUUCUGGUUAUAUAGCUUCAUGGUUGGUGAAGCUCUUAUUAAAACGUGGUUACACUGUCAAAGCCUCUGUUCGUGACCCAAAUGAUCCAAAGAAAACCGAACACUUGCUCUCGCUGGAUGGAGCUAAGGAAAGACUUCAUUUGUUUAAAGCAGAUUUAUUGGAAGAAGGAUCUUUUGAUGCAUUAGUUGAGGGGUGUGAAGGUGUUUUCCAUACCGCUUCCCCUUUAGUUGUUUCAGCCGCUGAUCCACAGGCUGAAAUAAUUGACCCUGCCAUGAAAGGAACACUCAAUGUUCUAAGAUCUUGUGCAAAACAUCCUUGUAUCAAGAGAGUCAUUAUAACAUCUUCCAUUGCUACGGUUAUAUACAAUGGAAAACGUUUGGCACCUGAUGCUGUAGUUGAUGAAACAUGGUUUUCGGAUCCUGUUUUCUGUGAGGAAUUGAAGCUUUGGUAUAUUCUUUCAAAAACUUUAGCUGAAGAGGCUGCUUGGAAAUUUGCUAAAGAAAAAGGGAUUGACUUAGUGACCAUACAUCCAGGACUUGUGAUUGGUCCUCUCUUACAGCCAACUCUAAAUUUCUCUACAGAGAUCAUUCUGAAACUUUUAAAUGGAGCUCAAACCUUCCGCAAUAUGGUUUAUAGAUUUGUUGACGUUCGAGAUGUUGCAGAUGCACAUAUUAAAGCGUUUGAAGUCCCUUCUGCAAGAGGAAGGUAUUGUUUAGUUGGACAUGUUGCACAUGUUUUUGAGGCUUUGAAGAGUUUAAGAGAAAUCUACCCGACUCUGAGCCUUCCUGACAAAUGUGAAGAUGACAAGCCCUUCUUGCAAAACCACCAAGUAUCCAAGGAGAAAGCAAAAAGUUUAGGUGUUAAUUAUAUUCCUUUGGAAGUGAGUCUUAGGGACACAGUUGAAAGCCUAAAGGAAAAGGAUUAUGUCAACUUUUAAACUGCCCCAUUGAAUGCCUUAUGAUGGACAUAUUUUACAAGUAAAACAUAUUCAUCACUUUGAUUCAGUAUCCCAAUCUUCUGUAAGCAAUCCGUUAACUAUACAAAUGGUUAACAGUAAAUUAGUGAACCUGUUGGAGGACAUUUGAUUAAGCUUGAGCUAUCAAUUUCUCAGUUUUUUCUAUUCCUUUUGGUUUGGAGGGAAUGUUUGCACAAGGAACUACAUUUAAAAAAUUAAUGAACAAAAUCUAUGCAUGGCAAUGUUA